AUGUCUGAUUUUUUGAUUGAUGAAGAAUUACUUGCUGCGAUUGAUAUGGGGUCAAAUAGUUUCCAUUUGGCAAUUGCUCGUGUGGAUCAUGGUGAAGUUAAGAAAGUUGCUUCUAUGUCAGAAAAGGUUCAGCUUGCGGCUGGAUUAGAUGAAAAUAAAAACUUAACUGAAGCUGCACAGCAACGAGGCUUGGCUUGCUUAGCGCGUUUUGUUGGGCGUUUAAGUUCAGUACAGCCGACUCGACUCAGAAUUGUUGCGACAAAUGCGCUGCGUCAAGCGAAAAAUGGGCAUGAAUUUAUUCAAAAAGCAGCGGAGAUCUUGCCAAAACCCAUUGAAAUUAUUGCGGGACGAGAAGAAGCCCGACUCAUUUACUUGGGUGUUUCACAUACCAUGGCCAAUAGUGGUCGACGUCUGGUGAUCGAUAUUGGCGGUGGAUCUACUGAACUGAUUAUUGGUGAAGAGUUCGAGCCGAUUCAUACCGAAUCUUUACAAAUGGGCUGUGUUGCCUUUACUAAAGCCUAUUUUGCUGAUGGUGAUAUUAACAACAAAGCUUUUGAUAAAGCUGUGGUUGCUGCACGAAAAGAAUUAUCUUCGAUUGCAAAUACCUAUAAAGCUGCUGGCUGGGAUACUGUGGUGGGUUCUAGUGGAACCAUCAAAGCGUGUCGCCAAAUUGCAGUCAAUAUGGGCUGGAGUGAUGAGCAAGAGAAUCUGACCCGUGAAGGUUUAGAAAAAUUAAAAGAUAAGUUGCUGAAAUUUAAAAAUAUUUCAGAUAUGGAAUUUGAUGGAUUAAAAGAAGAUCGCCGAGCAGUAUUACCUGCGGGUUUAGCGAUCCUUUACGCUGUGUUUGAAGUCUUGAAUAUUGAUAAAUUGGUGUAUUCGGAUGGGGCAUUACGUGAAGGUGUAAUGUAUGACUUGCUCGGCCGUUUCCAACAUGAAGAUAUUCGCGAUCGUAGUGUACAGGCGAUGAUGGGACGCUAUGGCGCAGAUGCAAAACAAGCUGAGCGUGUGGUUGAAACUGCACAACAUUUGUUUAAUGCUGUUGCCACUACACUCAACUUAAACAGUGAUGAUAGUGAUCUGUUGCGUCGAGCUGCUUAUUUGCAUGAGAUCGGUUUAGCCAUUAGUCAUAGUGGUUAUCAAAAGCACAGUGCUUACUUAUUACAACAUUCGGACAUCCCUGGUUUUUCACAAAUUGAUCAAAACCAUUUGUCACAUUUGGUCGCUCAUCACCGUCGUAAAUUACGCGUAGAUGCCAAAUUAGACGUGUUAAAAGUGGGCGGUAACAAGCUUGUGUACUUGUGCUUGUUGCUUCGUCUUGCCGUUUUACUAAAUCAUAGUCGUAGCGAUGAGAUGCUUCCUGCCAUUGAAUUGACGAUAGAGAAUGAGCAACAAUGGCAACUCAGCGUUUCUGGUGAUGCCAAACAAUGGCCAUUGCUGGUUGCAGAUUUGCAUGAUGAGCAAGUGCAAUUUAAGCAUUGGGACAUUGAAUUGAAUAUUCAGUCGGAACAGUUUGGUGAUGAUGGAAUGAUCAAUCAUUUCAUAUCACUUAAACCUAAACUUCCGAUGCGUAAUCCAUCGGUGAAUUAG